AUGGUGUGGUGGAUGGCCGCUCCCUCCUCCCACAACUAUGGUGUGGUGGAUGGCUGCUCCCUCCUCCCACAACUAUGGUGUGGUGGAUGGCCGCUCCCUCCUCCCACAACUGUGGUGUGGUGGAUGGCCGCUCCCUCCUCCCACAACUGUGGUGUGGUGGAUGGCCGCUCCCUCCUCCCACAACUAUGGUGUGGUGGAUGGCCGCUCCCUCCUCCCACAACUAUGGUGUGGUGGAUGGCCGCUCCCUCCUCCCACAACUAUGGUGUGGUGGAUGGCCGCUCCCUCCUCCCACAACUAUGGUGUGGUGGAUGGCCGCUCCCUCCUCCCACAACUAUGGUGUGGUGGAUGGCCGCUCCCUCCUCCCACAACUAUGGUGUGGUGGAUGGCCGCUCCCUCCUCCCACAACUAUGGUGUGGUGGAUGGCCGCUCCCUCCUCCCACAACUAUGGUGUGGUGGAUGGCCGCUCCCUCCUCCCACAACUAUGGUGUGGUGGAUGGCCGCUCCCUCCUCCCACAACUAUGGUGUGGUGGAUGGCCGCUCCCUCCUCCCACAACUAUGGUGUGGUGGAUGGCCGCUCCCUCCUCCCACAACUAUGGUGUGGUGGAUGGCCGCUCCCUCCUCCCACAACUAUGGUGUGGUGGAUGGCCGCUCCCUCCUCCCACAACUAUGGUGUGGUGGAUGGCCGCUCCCUCCUCCCACAACUAUGGUGUGGUGGAUGGCCGCUCCCUCCUCCCACAACUAUGGUGUGGUGGAUGGCCGCUCCCUCCUCCCACAACUGUGGUGUGGUGGAUGGCCACCCAUAGCCUCCCCGCCGCCGCGGUGCUCACUGGUGUGUGGCCCUCACCUUUCCUCCCUUUCCUCUCAUACUGCCUGUGCUCUCCCUCUCCUCACCACCACUCUCGCAUGCCCCACCCUCCCUCCCACUAUCUCACCUCGUUUCCCCUGGCGAAGCAAGGCCGACACUAUGUGGAGCUGCCAUACGUGGUGAAGGGCAUGGACGUGUCAUUCUCGGGCCUCCUCACGGCUGUUGAGGGCCUGGCACAGCACGUUGCUGCACCGGACGCCGUGGGGGACGAUGGCUACACCGCUGCUGACCUCUGCUUCUCCCUGCAGGAAACCAUCUUUGCAAUGCUGGUGGAGACGACCGAGCGGGCCAUGGCACAUUGCAACAAGCGCGACGUGCUUAUAGUGGGGGGCGUGGGCUGCAACAUUCGCCUGCAGGAGAUGAUGCAGCAGAUGUGCUUAGAACGAGGGGGAAGGCUCUUUGCCACAGACGACCGGUACUGCAUUGACAACGGCGCCAUGAUUGCUUACACUGGGCUGCUGGCGUUUCAGCACGGCGGGCUCAGCAUGACUGUUCCUAUCGAGGAGUCGACUUGCACUCAGCGGUUUCGAACUGAUGAGGUGGAGGCGGUGUGGAGGGAAGGGGAGGGGAGGAAAGGAGAGGGGAUGGAGGGGUUGGAUGGAGGAAGAGGAGGUGUGGGAGUGGGGGUUGCAGCACGGGAUGGAGAGCGGAAGCAUGGGGUUGAGAAUGGAGAUGCGGUUGGAAUUGGUGGGAAGGGGUGUGCAGGUGAGCAGGAGGGGUUGGGAGCGGUGGAUCAUGUGGCAGGGCAUUUAGAAAAGAAGCUCAAAGCUGGUGGGGAGGAGAGAAGGGAAGAGAGGGAAGAGAAGGCAGCAAAAGAGGAGCCCUCUUUUCUGCUGGUAGGCUGA